UAGAUUUUAGAUGAAUUGGUAGAAAAAGGUUCCGAAGUGAUGGAUGUACUAAAUAAUGAGCAAGUUUUUACACGGAUAAAAGCUGCUGUUGCCAGUGACCAAUUUGGAUAAGAAGACCAGCUGUGUUUGAGGUCUCGCAUAUUCACUAGGCAUGCACCGGAGUCCACCCCAGAAACCCAGCAAACUUCAAUGGUCAUAAUGUCCUAGUUGCCAAGAUUUUUGGGGGGGAGGGCUACAUAAUAGCACAGUUGUCUGGGGUUUCGUCACUGAUACUUCUCUCCUUUUUACAUAUUAGUGGUCAUCAAUUUUGGUUCCUAGACAUUGUUCCUUAAGUUUAAAUUUUACCUUUCGUGUCUGCCAAAGGAAGAGUGCUUCAUUCGCUGAAGAACGGCUUCUGUAGAGUCUUUCCUGUUGCAUAGUAGGCUAACUUAAAACAGUUUAGGGAUUUCUUUGCUGCUGUAGUGUCUGGAACUGAAGUAGGAUAGUCUAUAUCUUCCCUUUUUAAAAAAAAUGGCUUACACUUUAAUUUGGAAGGAUGCUUUGCAUACGGAAUUAUUGAUUAGGCUUCCACUGGUGUUGCAGGUUGGCUCAUUAUGCUAUUGGAAAUUUGCGGAGAGUUUGAAAAUGGUACCAAAGACACUUGCUGAGAAUGCUGGGCUUAAUGCUAUUGACGUUAUAUCAUCUCUGUAUGCUGAACAUGCGAAUGGAAUUGUCAAAGUGAGUAUCAAUUUAGAGGAAGGCACUUGUAAUGAUGUUUCGGUCAUGAAUGUUUGGGACCUCUGCAUCAGCAAGUUAGCUGCUUACCCGACUUUUCAUAUCCACCUGCUUUGGUUGCAGAGAUACUUCCCUGGAUCAACUGGAAUUAAGGUUUUUUGCUCUUGAAUAUGCUGCUGAUGUGCGCAUCGGGUUGAUCGGGUAAUUUUCUGAGAUUAUGGAUCAGUCUGUGUGUCGAGUGAAUUCCCAAGAAGCAAAAACUUGCAUUGACAACAGAUUGCUAGGAACUCUUAGCCUCUGUGAUCAAAUCAUCAUAUUGUAUAUUACUCGGGUUGUCGCUCUUAGGUGUUUUCCGGUAGCUUGGUUCUCAGGAACAAAAGGACAGUCAAUACUUUAAUUUGUUUUUUAAUUUGGAAGCGGUUUUGCUAAACUUGUAUAUGCAUAAGAUCGAGUUGUACCAAAGCCCAUAGUCCCCGGAAUAAUAAAAUUACCCGUUGGGGGUGUGAAAGUAGAUUUUUCAGGUCUGUGGUAAUUAAUUUUUAAAUUGUUAUCAACUUGUAACCAUUGAUUUGCAAUUCUUGUUAUUCUGAGAUUAUGGUAUAGGUGGAUUUUGUA